AUAAUUUGAUGAAAAAUAUGGCAGAUAGUGUAGCUACGGUAGCAGCUCCGGUGGCGGCGGCCCCGGCAUCAGUGGCCAAGUCAGCCAAGAAGGCCAAGGCAGCGUCCGCUGGUUCGAAGGCGCCGAAGAAAGCAGCGACGCACCCGCCAGUGAACACCAUGAUUGUGGCCGCGAUUAAAGCCUUGAAGGAACGCAAUGGAUCUUCUCUGCAAGCGAUCAAGAAGUAUCUGGCCGCGAACUACACCACCGAUGUGGCCAAGCUCGCUCCGUUCAUCAAGAAGGCACUGAAGACGGGCGUGACCAGCGGCAAGCUGGUGCAGACAAAGGGCAGUGGCGCAUCCGGUUCGUUCAAACUGUCAGCCGAGGCCAAGAAACCAGUCGCCGAGAAGAAGAAGAAGGCAGUCGCUCCGAAGAAGAAGUCUGCUACUUCUGGUGACAAGAAGAAAGCGGCUACGAAGAAGCCGAAGGCCGCUGGCGAGAAGAAGAAAGUGAAGAAAGCUAAAGCUGAAGGAGUUGUUGCAAAGAAGGCGAAGACGGCUGUAGCCGCGAAGAAAGCGAAGCCAGCCGCAGCCAAGAAAACCGCGACGAAGAAGCCAGCCACUCCGAAGCAGAAGUCCACGAAGCCAUCGAAGAAAACCGGAGCGACCAAGCCGAAAACCCCGAAACCAAAGAAGGUUGGAGGUGCCACUAAGAAACCGGUAGCUGCUGCCAAGAAGUCCGCCACGGCGAAGAAGUAAAGCGUGUUUUGCGGUAGAAGCGGUCGAAUUGAGAAUUUCCCAUCGUUCUGUAAUUCGUACAACAAACCCCAACAGUCCUUUUCAGGACUACAGAAUCCAUAAGAGAAAGAGCAUUUUGGAAACUUUUAUUUUAUUUUCAGCACUUGCAUCAAGCGGCUGUUA